AUGUCGCAGUCGCCAAUGAUCUCCGUGCCCCUCAAGGCGACAAACGAGAUUGACUGGGUGGCACCAUUGAAGGCAUAUAUUCGUGAUACAUAUGGCGAUGACCCAGAGCGGUACGCAGAGGAGUGCGCCACCCUCCAGCGCUUGAGGCAGGACGUACGCGGUGCGGGGAAGGAGAGCACUUCAGGAAGGGACAUGUUAUAUCGGUACUAUGGCCAACUGGAGCUUCUGGACCUACGGUUUCCCGUGGACGAGCAGCAUAUCAAGAUCUCCUUCACAUGGUUCGAUGCGUUCACCCAUAAACCGACCUCACAAUACUCACUGGCAUUCGAAAAGGCUUCCAUCAUCUUUAAUAUCUCAGCCGUACUCUCUUGCCAUGCUGCUUUCCAGAACAGGUCCGACGAGUCUGCCCUGAAGACAGCAUACCACUCGUUCCAGGCAUCUGCCGGCAUGUUCACGUAUAUCAACGAGAAUUUCCUCCAUGCUCCUUCCUCAGAUCUGAGUAGGGAGACAGUCAAGACGCUGAUCCACAUAAUGUUGGCACAAGCUCAGGAGGUCUUCCUUGAGAAGCAAAUUAACGACAAGAAGAAGAAUGCACUUCUGGCCAAACUGGCCUCACAAGCAGGCUGCUUUUACAAUCAAGCCUAUGAGAGCGCUCAGGAAAGUGCUAACAAGGCAAUUUUCGAAAAGUCGUGGCUUUUGAUGCUCCAGUAUAAAUCAAAUCUGCUGGACUCAAUGGCGCAAUACUACCAAGCAUUGACGGAUGAUGAGAACAGUCAGUUCGGUUCAGGUGUGGGCCGACUGCAGUACGCCGAAUCGCUGGCUAAGGAAGCAGACCGCAUCGCCAAGGGGUUCCCUACAUCUCUGCCACCCAGCGCCAACCUCAGUGCAGACUGCGCCAGCGCUUUGCAAGGUAUUUCGAAGCGGCAUCUCGCUACCGUGAAGGAGAAGCUCCGGGAGGCAGAGAAGGACAAUGAUUACAUUUACCACCAGCCCGUCCCAGCCGAAGCCAGCCUAGAAGCCAUCAACAAACUACCUGCCGCAAAACCCAUCCCGGUUAGUGAGCUGUACGCAGGUCAGGAUAUACAGCACAUUACUGGCCCAGAUCUUUUCGCCAAGAUCGUGCCCUUUGCGGUGACGGAGUCAGCAAGUUUGUACGAUGAAGAGAAAGCCAAGCUUGUCAGAGCAGAAACAGAGAAGGUUGACACCGCAAAUGGCGAGAUGGCUGCAAGUCUGGAUUACUUGAGGCUUCCAGGUGCUCUUCAAGUUCUCAAGGGCGGAUUUGAUCAGGAUGUUUUGCCUGAUGAAGACUUCCGCCAAUGGUGUCACGAUGUGGCAAAUCACGAAAAUCCAGCUGGGAUAUUCGAGCACCUGAGGUCAGAAAAGGAGUCCAUAAUUCGAGUUCUGGAUGGGUGCUCGAAGCAGUUGGACAUGGAAGAGAUAGUCUGCGAGAAGAUGCGUUCGAAACACGAGAGCCAAUGGACCCAGCAACCUAGCGCACCCCUCACAACCACCCUACGCGGGGAUAUUCGAAGCUAUCGAGAGGCGCUUGAUGAGGCAAUGAAGAGCGACAAUCAGCUUGCCACGAAGCUUCGCCAGAACGAGGUGGAAUUCGCAGAAAUGCGGCGUGCUGCUCAGGAGGAUGCUGUUGACCAACUGUUCCACAGGGCUGUAACCGAUGUUCGAGACAAGAGUGGCUACUCUGUCAGCCCAGCUGCCAUCGAAGCUAACCUUCUGGACGCCGAUUUUGAAGAAGGCGGCUUGAGUGUGAUAGACCAGAUAAACAGAGUAGAGGAUAUCCUCAAAAAGUUGAAUCUUGUCAAGCGGGAGCGAAACCAGGUCCUUAAAGACCUAAAAGAGAAGGUCCAUAACGAUGACAUCUCGCAAAUUCUAAUCCUAAACAAGAAGUCAAUAUCCAACUACGAGAAUCAACUCUUCCAGCAGGAGCUGGAAAAGUUCCGACCUCACCAAAACAGGCUGUUACAGGCGAAUCACAAGCAGUCCGCUCUGAUGAAGGAACUUACAGGAACGUUUAAUACACUAUUGCAAGACAAGCGGGUGAGAUCGGAGCAGAGCAAGUACGAAACAAUUCAAAAACAGAGAUCGGCCGUGAUUGGCAGAUACAACCGGGCCUAUCAAGAGUUCCUUGACCUCGUGGCCGGACUCGCCAGUGCGAAGAAGUGGUAUGCUGAGAUGAAGGAGACAGUAGAGAGCUUAGAAAAGAAUGUUGAAGCAUUCGUCAACAACCGACGAGGCGAGGGUGCCCAGUUGUUGAACAAGAUUGAGGCGGCACAAUCCUCCAGCAGGUCUUCUCAGGCCGAGCUGGAGCAAGAACGUCUGCGAGCUCUCAUGGACCGAAUGUCGAUGGAGAGCCCAAAGUCACCGCCACAGCCAACCGCAAGUGGACGGCCAGCGCCAACACCGCUAUUUCAGGCUGGACAGGCACCCCGAUACGGGCAAGGAAGUUACCAGGGACAAUAUCAAGUUCCAACCUCCCCUCCCCCUAACCAACCCAACAUGGUACAGCCAGGAUACCACACUUAUGGAAACCCAAACCCAGCCACAGCGCAGUCAUAUGGGCAGCCACAAGUCAACUCAUUUGGGCAAGCCGCGUACAACCCAAGCCAAUAUGGACGGAACCCUGGUCCAACGUCACCUCCGCCAAACCAGUCCACUUUCGGCGUAAAUGCAAUGAGAGGCCCAGUGUCCCCUCCACCAAAUCGAUCCUCCUUUGGAUCGCAGAUCCAAGGCUACCAAGGCUAUGCCACUCAGGGGCAACAAGUGCAGCCAACAGCCCAACAAGGCCAGGGUGGUUACAUGCCGCCUGGCUUUGUCCCACCUCCACCUCCUCCCGGCCCUCCACCUCUGGGACCCCAGCAGACAAUCCAUUACGGGCAGCAACAGCAGAUCCCACAGGGAUAUGGGCAGAAAUCACCACCAGCUCAAACAUCACAGCCCCAUGACCCUUGGGCAGGACUGAGUGCCUGGAAGUAA